GCUGAGGCUCCGGAGAAGGUCUGCUGGCAUGGCCACUCGUCAGCCAGAUGCUAGCCCAGAAGAGCUUCUGUUCGGGGCCGCCAUCAUGGAAAACGUGACGCCCGGCAGCACGCCCGAGGAGCCGGCGGAGAGGAGCUACAACUACCUGGCCCUGGUCCUCGGCGUCCCCCUCAUCCUGAUCAUCAUCCUGGGCAACGUACUGGUGUGCCUCAGUGUGCUCACCGAGCGCUCGCUCAAGACCGCCACCAACUACUUCAUCAUCAGCCUGUCGGUGGCCGACCUCCUGCUGGCCGUGUUGGUGCUGCCGCUGUACGUCUAUACUGAGUUCUUGGGUGGCAUUUGGACGCUGAGCACCUACAUAUGCGAUGCUCUGAUGACCAUGGAUGUCAUGCUGUGCACUGCCUCCAUCCUGAACCUGUGUGCCAUUAGCGUGGACAGAUACAUCGCCGUGGUGGUGCCGCUCAAAUACAACCGGAACCAGUUCAGUGUGCGCCAGCUGGCCCUCAUCACCGCCACCUGGGUGCUGUCGCUCGUGGUGGCCAGCCCCGUCAUCUUCGGCCUCAACCGGGUGCCGGGGCGCGACCCCAGCGUGUGCAAGCUGGAGGACGACCACUUUGUGGUGUACUCCUCCGUGUGCUCCUUCUUCGUGCCUUGCCCCGUCAUGCUCUUCCUGUACUACUGGAUGUUCCGCGGCCUUCGGCGCUGGAGCACGGGCCGAAGUCGCAGCCAGGUCGCGCGCGGGGGCCGCCGAAGCCUCUCGCUGCGGCUCAGCUCGGCGUUGCGGCGGGAAAAGGCGAGAGGCGGUGGCGCCACUGCCGUCGCCGCUGGCAGGGAGAAGGCGGUGUAUCUGAGCCCGACGUCGCCGUCCGCAAUCUCUGUUGUGUCAACGCCCCUGGCGACGCCGCUGGGACCGCCGGAGGGCGAGGGGGACGGGGGGCAGGACUGCCUGACGGCGGCAGCGGAGAGCGACCCCAUGACGACGCAGGUGGAUAGCGGGUCCGACGGUGACCCCGUCGAGAGGGCUGCCGGGGAGGCAGGUGGAGGUGGCGGAAGGGAGAACGGCCUGGCCAAGGCCUUCGGGGUGAAGAGGUCGCGGCGCAACAGCAAGAGCAGCCGAGUGAGCGGGAGGGAGCGCAAGGCUAUGAAGGUCCUUCCGGUCGUCGUGGGGGUGUUCCUGGCCUGCUGGACACCGUUCUUCGUGGUGCACGUCACCAACGUGCUGUGCGAGUCGUGCAACAUCGGCCCAACGCUCAUCUCCGUGGUGACUUGGCUGGGCUACGUCAACAGCGCCGUCAACCCCAUCAUCUACACUGCCUUCAACACCGAGUUCCGGAAUGUCUUUCACAAGCUGCUCUGCUGUCGGACCUGAGCCAACCCCGGAGUCGGACCAUUGAGAUGUAUAUCUUUAUAUCUGUAUAUAUUGCUCAUAGUUAUGAAUAGGUUUCUGUACUGUGUGGAGCGUGUGGAUCCUAACCGCUUCGGACGACAGGAGUUCUCAAUCUUCGCAUCUUUCUUCCAACGUCGAAAAAAAACAUAUUUUCAGGGAUGUCUUGACUGAGCGUUUUGGUGUCAGAUCCCCUGCAGUUACCGAUACACAUAUAAAACGAUGCGAUAUGAUUGAGGAACAGAGAUGUGUAUGUGUGUAGGUUGACGAGACGGACGAAACUGAGACACAGCUUCCCCUGGGCUCAAAGGUGUUGUGGAUUUCAUACAUUUCCCCUUGGGUCAGGACUAUAUUUGCCUUGACAACGGGGGACUUUUCUCCAAGGGAUGCUGAACAAUGCCAUGGACCACUUUGUUCAUCAGAAGAUGCAGUCAAAGUUCUUUGCAGUAUCUGGGUAAUUGAGGGGAUUUAGGUUCUAAGGGGGUUUGUGUACAACAAAAUAAUACGAAACAUAAAAAAUAUAUAUAUUUUGUGUUUUGCACCCAUCUAUG